UGUUCGGUCAGUUUCGUUUCUUCGAUCGCGUGCUGUUCGGCUGUAAAUAAAGCUUUUAACGAAGAUGGGAGCAUCUAAUGAGAAAGCUCUGAAAUGCCCCCUGUGUCACGAGGAGUGCCGGGAUCAGGUGACGCUGGGCUGCGGACAUAGCUUCUGUCAGACGUGUAUCAGAGAGUUGUGGAGCGGCUCCCGCACUGGACCUUAUUACUGUCCUGAGUGUCGAUACGAGUACCAGCAGCUUCCGGACUACACGGACAGAGCGUCCACAUCCACAGCCACACCGAGCACACACUGGCCACUCGGAAAAAAGCUCUAUAAGCAACACUCAAAGAAAUGGCAUAAGAAAAGGAAGUUCUUCUCAGCUUUUCCAGGUGAUGGAUUCAGACUAGGAGUCAGCACAGGAUCGUUCAACUUCAAUGAUGUAAUCAACAUUGCUGACUCUGAUGAAGACACAUCGGCGAUACCAAAGAAAAGAAGAGCCACAGCGGACGAACGCUCAUCUGAAAGCCAGUCUCCAUCAGUGCUCAGAAGAUCCACCUCUACCAGUGACACAUCCACACAAUGCACACCACCCGAAAUAAAUGAGACCACCUCUCCUCAAGCAGAAUCAUCUCAAGACAGGACGAGUUCCUCUCAGCAUGUUCCUCUGGCAUCCCACAAUGACCUGGACUCACCCAGGGCAAGCAAUACACCACCAACUACCUCUUCUCAAGCCAAUGAGACGCCAGCAGUCAAUGCAAACUCCCAUUCGCCUGGAAGACAAGAAAACCACAGCACGUUAAAUCUCGAAGAUGGCCUCGGUGUCUCUGGAGCGUCGCCAGAGAGACUCUCCAGAAGCAGCUCUGUUCCCUGCCAUUACUGUCCCAGUUCAGAACAGAAGGUGGCGGUAAAGACUUGCCUGGUUUGUGGGGCAUCCAUGUGCUCAGAGCAUCUGCGGGAUCACCUGGAGAAGCCGGUAUUCAAGAGCCACCCGCUGGUGAACGCUGUGGAGGAUGUGUCUCUCUGGAGGUGCCAGGAGCACCAGGAGAUGAACCGGAUCUACUGUCGGUCAUGUGCAGUGUGUGUUUGCACUGUGUGUUCGCUGGUUGGGCUGCACAAGGGCCACGAGUGUAUCAGCAUCCGCGAAGCAGAGCAGCAGCUCAGGGGCUCACUGAAGGAUGAGAUGCAAAAACUCCAAACAACAGAAAAGUCCAUUCAGGAAAAAGUCUCUGAGCUCAGUGAGAAAAAACAUUGUGUUCAGUCGGGGCUGGAAGAUGUGCGGGCGGCUAUUUUGCAGCAGUAUCAUGCCAUGCAGGAGGCUCUGGAGCAAGAGCAGGAACAGGCGUUACUCUGUGUGUCCCAGGAGGAGAACAGAGUGCUGGGAAGCAUUGAAAAGCAGCUGCAGACUUUACAGGGUUCCUUGAUGUCAAGCCAGAGCAUAUUAAACACCCUGCAGGGAAUGACCAAUAAUGAAGGGGCAUCACAAUACCAGGACCAGGCCUUCAUCAUGGAAUACAGCAAGAUAGCAGGACAACUGACUGGACUUUCUGAUCCAGUGCAAAACCUCAGAGCUCCUCAGGAGAUAAAUCAAGAGCGACUGGAGUGUCUUCAUGAGUGGACCGAGAGCAGACUGGAGAAUGUGCUCAUUUCACUGCCUCACAGAGACCCUUUCAGACUGCUGUAUGGGAUAAGCCCAACUCUAGAUCCUGAUACGGUCCAUCCAAAGCUGCUGCUGUCCAACGAGAACAGGACGGUCCAGUACAGCGAGACCCAGCAGGACUACAGCGAACAGGAGGCACGAUUCAACAUCUUCCCUCAGGUUCUGGGCUCUGAUGCCAUAGAAAAGGGCUGCUGUUAUUGGGAAGUGGAGGUUUCUCUUGAUGAGGGUCGCUGGAAGGUGGGCGUCUGCGAUGGGCGAAUUGGCAGAAAGGGGCAAAAAGACGUCUGCCGUAUUGGCUUCUACCCUAAUUCUUGGUGUUUGAUUUAUGAGAAGGGGAAGGUGGAAGCUCUACAUGAUAAAGUGGCUUCACCUGUUUGUGCGACUGAUCUCCAGAAAGUCGGGGUGUUGCUGAAUUUGAAUGAAGGCAGAUUGUCGUUUUAUAGUGUGGCCAGAGAUGGCGCUCUUUCUUUGCUCUAUAGCUUUGAGCACACGUUUAGUGAGCCGCUGUAUCCUGCGCUGGCCGUUUCUAAAACGCAAGUUAGUAUCUGUGAUGUGUUUAGCAAGAACACAACAGAAUAGUAAAUUUUUUUUGGUAACAUUUUAUGAAGAGGUUUCAGUUUUUAUUGUUAGUGUACUAUAAUGGCUUAAAAAUGUUAGUUUAUAUCAUGAUGAAAGUUUAGCAACGUGUUAUUCAAAACAAAAAGACUUCAUUUUGAUAACACAAAUGAGAUUGUCAACUAUGUAGACUGCACCACGCUUUUUCGUAACUACAUUUUUUUAAUUAGUGCAUUGAUCUGUUAAAUAAUUGCUUAUACAGGAAUUAAUGAUCCGCAGUCAUACUGGAUCAAUAUUCAUGUUUUUGCGUUCAUCAGGAAACAGACACAAUUGUGUCCUUUUUUACUUUGCACACUGAGGAAGGCAUUGAGUCAAAUUGAAUAUUUUCAAGAAUAUUUGCAUCAUUACUUUCGGUGUUAUGAGACUUUUUUUUUUAUUAAAUCUACUAUUUUUGUAUGAGGAUUGUUUUAAUUUAAGGCUUUUUUCCACCACACAUAUAAACAUUGAUCAAAGUGUACAAUGAACAAAGUGGUCAUGGAAGGUAAAGUUUAGUAAAAAUAAAUAAAUAACAUGUCUCUUCGGAAGAAAAAAAAAACAGCAUAAAACAGCUUUAUUCAUAGAUGUAUUUUGAAUGUAUUGAAGCAGUUUGUAAGUAUUGGAUGGAUCAACCUUCAGAGAUGUUUGAAAAAUAUCUUCAUCUUUGUUUUGAAGAUGAAUACAUUUUUAAUAAAAUGGACGACUGAAUUUUUAUUU